CUAAAAUCUUCGCACAUCCGAACGCAAGCGAGGCUGUGGUCCACUCGUGUCACUACCAUGGCCGCAGACCAUGUUUCGGAUUCUGGUUCUGAGGUUUAAGCCGGUGCAGUCUCGGAUGCUCGAAUCUCAGAGUGUGUCUCCGAGGAAUUGUGAUUCCAGCAGUCUGUAAUUUCGAGCACAGGAGCAACGACAUUUCAGCUCGUUCGUUCCAAGGAUGAAUCUCGCCGCCGGAGCAUCGCCGCUGCUGCAUUCGGGGAUUCGCCUCCCCAGAUUGCGUGUCGACGCGAGCGACGGGUUUCUCCUCGGCGCGAGGUCGCGUCGGGGUUUAUCCGAAGCAGAGAAUGACAUUAUGGAGCUGGAGGACGAGCUGGUGGUAGAUCCUGACAUGUUCGAGGAGGUUUUUCCGACCGUGCGGAGGGAGACGCCGAAGACUGCCAAGCCAGGACGUUCAGCAAACAGAAUCCUCGAGGAAUCGUCGACCAAAAGCAUUCUAAUUCCCGAAGAGUGGGUGCCGGUGCAAAAGUACCACCAGAGAACGAAGAAGGAGAAGAAACAAGAGAGCUUGGCCCUCACGAUCCAGAGGGCUCGGGAGAAGGAGGCGGAAGAUAGGGCAAUUCGAGAGGAAGCUGCGCGGGAGGUUCGCGCCAGACUCUUCGGCAGUGUCUAUCUGAACGAGGAGGUGAGCAGCCGUUUUGUGGGUAGGGAGCAAGAGGGCAAUGAAUCAGCCGACGAUGACGGUGUUGGCAGAAAUGCCGAAGCCAAGGAUUCAUCGGAAGAAUCCGAAAGCGAAGCGGAGGCUAUUAUUGCUGAUUUUCGAGCAGAAGAGGCGCAGAGGGUGUCAGGGAGAGCUCGUCCUAGGGAUUAUCGCAGUGGGUUAGAAUUCAGCUCUUUGGAGGAGGUCGCUGAGAGGUUGAGAGAAGUCCCGGAGACUUCCGCCAGCAGUAGCAGCAGCAGUGAGGAAGGGAGCAAUGGAAGUGUUGUCGAUGAUGAGCCCCUCAUUGUUCGGCUGAGUGCGGAGGAGAAAGCAUUGCUGAAAAACAGGAACUUGAAUUUUGCAACGAUCAGCUCGAAGUCUUGGAGUCCUCUGCACACUCUGGCAGCAGCAGGGCAGGUUUAUUUGGCUGCUGAGAUCAUAAAGAGGGGCGUGCAGGUGGAUGCCGUGGAUAAGGAGGGGUUCACCCCGCUUCACAGGGCAAUUCAGAGUGGCCGGAAGAUGAUUGUGAGACUGCUCUUGAAGGCAGGAGCGAAUCCGCACGUUCGAGACAAAGAUGGAGCCACAUUGCUGCAUUACGCCGCGCAAACAGGCAGUCAUGAAAUUGCGAAGCUUCUGCUGCGAGACGAUAUUGAUGUGAAUGCAGCUGACAACGAUGGAUGGACACCCCUUCACGUGGCAGUGCAAAGCGGGAGGACCGAGUUGAUUAGAUGCUUGGUAAAUCGAGGGGCCGACAUGAAUCAGGCGAAUAACGACGGAAAUAGUCCGUUAGAUUUGUCUUUGUCAUUUGGAAAUUGUUUCAGGUUUUAUGACACCAUUAAGUUUAUGAAGCGUAAAGAAGCUCAAAGCCAGUUGAGAAGAAAGGUUCGUGACAAUGAAGGUUUUGACAAUUAAUUAGGCUAGUUCUGUGAUUUCUCUUAUAUCUGUUGGUUAGAUUCUCAACUUGUUAGAUAUAGUUCGAAUCUUGGACUUUGAACAUUCAUACGGAAAUCUUUGUAGAGUUCACUACGUUAUAAACUUCGUGAGUUCACGGAAGUUUUAUAGCGACGUAAAUAUAGAUGAAAUCGAUCCUCUUUGGACCAUGA